UUUUCAUUCAUAGAGUAACUACUAAACUCUGUCUUGUGGUUAGUAGUUUCUUUUCUAUUGGUUUAAUUUGUAGUAUUUAGUUAUUUACUUUGCAAAGAAUAAAUUUGAAGCAAAAAAUUUUUCAGCUAGAGGUAGUGAUAUCAGAAUAAUGGAUCGAGAAGAAGAGAAUAAGUUUGACCAGGAACAUGCAUACAAGCAAGCGUUGACAUUUUGUGUUGUCAAAAUUUGGCCAAAAGAUUCAGAUAUGGAUAGCAAUGCUAUUCAAGUAUUAAGGUUGUUUGAGAGAAAGGAUGAACAAAUUUUUCGGAUAUCUGAAAAGAUCAGAGACAAAGUGUUUGGUCGGGAAAAGUUGGUUCAAAGGAUGAAUAAUCUGAAAACAUAUUACUUGAACAGUAUUAAUGGAAGUAUUGAAGAGAAAAAGAAGAUCUUGACUCAACUGUAUCAAGCACUAGAUCUGCUGUCAUUUGAAAUAAAACGCAGAGGGAAAGAACUUUUGACAUUGAAGAUGCUACACACAAGCAAAAAAUUGGCUCAAGAAAAUUCAGUCCUAAGAAAGAUAAAUGUGAAUCAGCAGCAGUUGAGAGAAUCAGACACUACUACUUCAACUUCACAUUUGACAGAACUUGGAAAAUUUUUAUUUCAGAUACAAUGGACAUAUCGCUACAGCUACUAUCCUUACAAUCAGAAUUAUGACACACUACUUCAACAGUUGAAAAAAGUGGAAAAGGAUAUCACAUGUGACUUAAGAGAAUGUUUGAAAAACCAAGUCAAGUUUAUAUGUGAUGAGUUAAUAGAGAUGAGGAAGAAAAAGCGUGCACUAGAAACCAAAAUCAAACAUGCCGAGAGAGAAAUAGAGUGGAUCAAUGAAGAGAUAUGGUCUUUCCAAAUACACUUGAAAGACAAUCACUGCAGAAAGGAAGCAUCGCUUUGCAUUCUUACGAAGUGCAAAGGUGAUAGACAUUCAGAUUCUAAGUGGGAUGUCAGAUGUGGCAACCUGGAAUAUAAUUCUGUGGACAGUAGCAGAACAUGGAUUUCCAAGUGUCCGAUUGGAUUGCUUGUUGGUACUUCUUAAAAAAAUAAAAGUACUUUUAUUGAAUUUUAAAUAUGUUUAGAUUCAUUUUUUAAAAGACAAUAAUAUUUUGUUUUUUAAAAAAGUAAAAACAAAAAUUUCUGCAAAUUAAAAUGUCUUAAAUCUUUGAAUUUGAUUUGUGAGGUUAAUCAAAAGUCCAUCUUAUAAUAUUUGUGUCAAGGGAUAACGUUAGUUAGGUAAUUUGGCUUUGUAUAAAGUCUGUCAGUUAGUCAAAAAUAAUCUUAGUUGUAUAUGCUCUCUUGCUAAGACUUGCUGCUAUAUAUACGAGUGGUUGUCUUAGUUUGCAAGUAACAAUGAUCAAUUCAAUAAUAA